CAACUGUCAAAUUUAGAGGUUAUCUAAAAGCGGUCGAAGGUUGAUCAAGCGAACAAAAUCGCACAAAACAAUAUGAUAAUCUACCACUCCUAUCAAUAUUUUUAAUCAAAAUGAACAGUAGAUAAAUCUGAGGAGAGCAUACAUAUUAGUGGAGUGUUUAUCGCAGCAAGAAUAGAAAAAUGUGGGUGACCAUUUUUGGACUGGACAAUAGCAGUGCAUACAAACUAAAACAAAUUUAAAGGGUCGCUAGCACAAUAAAAAUAAACAUAUUGGACCACAUUUAUACCACAGAUCAGUCAUAAUAGAUGCUGCUAAUAGCUUUUACUUGAUAUGGAUGGUACUAGGAAAGUGCAGCCUAUUUAUCAGCAGUAUUAGAUAGUGCCCCUUGAUUAUGGUUUACAAUGUUUGCUCAUUUAUUUUAAUUAUGUAAUUUUAUUGAAUUUGCCUAGCUUGUGCCAUGAGAAGCAAUUUGUAUUCCGCCUAUAAAAUAACUGUGAUACUUGUGAAUGUGAUAUUAUUCCUAUUUUAAGCAUUUCCUAGUACAAACCACAAACAAUGGAUAAGAAUGAUCAUAAACAGAAAUCCCAGAAACGACAGGGUUCUGCUGAACAACACAAUCGUCACAGUGUUGCAAGCUCCGGCAUUCUGAUGGUUGGUCCCAAUUUUAGAGUAGGUAAAAAGAUUGGUUGUGGGAACUUUGGGGAGUUGAGACUCGGAAAAAACCUGUAUAAUAAUGAGCAUGUUGCUAUUAAGAUGGAACCAAUGAAAUCCAAAGCACCACAGCUUCAUUUGGAGUACAGGUUUUAUAAACUACUCGGCAGUCAUGAAGGUAUUCCAGAUGUGUAUUACUUUGGGCCCUGUGGGAAAUACAAUGCCCUAGUUAUGGAACUUUUGGGUCCAAGCCUGGAAGAUCUAUUCGACUUGUGCGAUCGUAAGUUUUCGCUCAAAACUGUACUGAUGAUAGCCAUACAGCUGCUACAUCGGAUAGAGUACGUUCAUUCUAGGCAUCUUAUAUACAGAGAUGUGAAACCUGAGAAUUUUUUGGUUGGCCGUAGCAGUACUAAGAGAGAGAAGAUCAUUCAUAUUAUCGAUUUUGGCCUUGCCAAGGAGUACAUUGAGUUAGAGACUAAUAAGCAUAUACCAUACAGGGAGCACAAAUCUUUAACUGGUACCGCUAGGUAUAUGUCCAUUAACACGCAUUUAGGUGUAAGGAGCAGUCACGCAGGGACGAUCUUGAAGCCCUGGGCCACAUGUUCAUGUACUUCCUCCGUGGCUCGCUGCCGUGGCAGGGCCUCAAGGCUGACACGCUCAAAGAACGCUACCAAAAAAUCGGCGACACUAAGCGUGCUACGGCGAUAGACGUGCUUUGCGACGGUUACCCGGAAGAGAUGGCGACGUACUUACGGACCGUGAGGCGGUUGGACUUUUUCGAAACGCCCGAUUACGAGUACUUAAGGAGUCUGUUUGUCAAUCUGUUUAAACGAAAGGGGUACGUGGACGACGCGGAGUUCGAUUGGAGUGGAAAAACUUCCGGUACGCCGGUCAAUUCGUUACCAGCAUCCGCGCACGAGCAGGUUCUGUCGCCUAACAGGGAGAAACUCGCCGGUGUGAAGCCCAAGCCCUGGUCUGAGGGGACCAAAAUGCAUCAUUUAGGUAGGGAUGACAAACUUGAGCGAAAGUUCACCACACUUCGACAUCAUAAAGACGUAGGCUUCCUGACAGGGCUAGAGAAAGCAAUGCAAGUUGUGGAUAAGGGCCCAGUUAUAUCUAAAACUAGUACUCGAAACCUGACUCCAGGCGAUCGACAUGGCUCGGUGCAAGUAGUCAGCUCGACCAACGGUGACCUGAACGCAGACGACCCCACGGCGGCUCAAAGUAACACUCCCAUCACUCAACCUCAUGAGGUAGAGUUCGUAGAUGAGACAAAAUGCUGCGGGUUCUUCAAACGGAAGAAGAAAAAGAGUGUCAGAGGAAAGUGACAAAGAUACGCGGAGGGCGACCAGCAAAUCAAGUUGUUGCCUUGCGGCAAUAGCAGUGCUGCCACGUUGACGUAAGCCGCAGUGUUGCCAAUUGUACGUGGACGGUCGGUGUUCUGAGCGGUUUGUUGUAGCGUUGGCGUGGAAGAAGGUCGGUAUAGUUUGUGGUUCGUAGUUUGAUGGUGGUCUGUUCUAGAAUCUUGUGAGGUAAGAUUGUUGCCUUCGUAAAUAGAUUGAUUUAUUCCGAACAAAAGAUAUUUUUACUUAUGUAUGCGUUGAUUGAGCAACAUAUCUUCAGAGAUGAACAGCAAUCAGCAGCUAAUGAGGGAGAUCUCUGAAUGUACGUUGCUCAAUAUAGGAUUCGUACUCUGCUAGCACACAAACGUUUGUUUAAAGUGUUAUCGAAUCCAAUCACUCAGAAAAACAUAAUGUCAAUUGGUCGAACGUUUUCUUCAUUGCGAUGAUAACGUGUAAGGUUUUCUAUUCAGCUUCAGAAAUGUUAAAUAUACGAGCUCUGUAAAUUAAGUGAUGAGGCUGAUUUCUUAAAUUUUUUUAUUCAUAUAUAAUUACAGUUUUAUUUUUUCAACCUCAAAAUAUCUUCCUUCUAAAGGUACAGCGCUGGAGACGGUUCUUCCACUCCUUGUAGCCUUCAGGUGGUCGGUUACAGCCGUUUGAAUGUUUUCGGCUGUCACAAAACGAGUUCCUUCGAGAUGAUUUUUCAACUUCGUGAAGAGAAAGAAGUCUCAAGGACUCAAGUAAGGCGAAUAAGGAGCCACUGUGAAUUUUUAUGGUUUAGCAAUUUUUUAUUUUAAUAAAUACAACUCGUACGUUGAUGAUUUUUUUUUAAAGUGUAAUCUACGAUUAGGUAUUGAUAAGCAAGUGGCAAUGGUAGCCGCCAAAAUGGAUUUUUUAGGGGUAUAAGUAUGUUUUGUAUAUGACGUUAUUGCUCAAAUGGAUGCAUACCACGAACAAGCAUCUGGUAGGCAAAAACCAUAUUUUAGGUUCUUGAUAAUCUACAAUUUGCGUCGGUGAUAUUUUUUUUCUUGAUUUCUCGUCUUCAGUGGUGCCAGAUCGAACGCUACGUUGCCAAUCUCAUCACUUAAUUUACAGACCUCGUAGUCCAGGAAUUUGCUAAAUUCUUAGGUAGCAGUAAGUUAAGAAUUAAUGUCGCCUUUUAUAUAACGCAGCUAUUAAUGGUAAGUUUGUGUUGGUUUUGACUGGCAACUGUCAAAUUCAUUCAGUGAUUUUCACAAAACACCAUAACAACGCUUAUGAUGUGCGAAUUCUGGCCUGAGUUUAAGCUGACCAUACAUGCCAAAGUAGCCUUGUUUGUGAAUAGUAACUGAAAAUUCAGUUAUUGGACGGGUCUUAUACAGGGUGACUUCGAAGUUGAGU